AUGAUCACUUUCCACAUCAACACGGUGUGCGUGCAAUUCAUGUUCUGGCACAUCAGUGACGAGUCUCCAUCGUCGACAGCAUCAAGUCCUCCACGCCAGCAUGUUGCUGCCGGGAAGGACGAGGAUGCUGACAUGCCCUUCCCGCCGACACCAGACAUGCUGUUCCGCAUCGAGAGGCACAAUGGCGAGACGAAGGGGUACAAGCUAGUCUUCUGCGGCAAUGGCACCGGGCCAUGUGAGAACCUAGGACUGCAUGCUUUCAAGGGGGAGAACUGGCUCACCACAAGCGCCUCGCCUCUUGUGGUCGCGUUCAAGAAAGAUCACAGAUAUGAAUAG